CAAGUUUGGAAAUGGCGAAACCUCCUCCUCCUUCAGACAAAAAUGGAGGGUUGAAGAAAGGUCCCUGGACUGCAGAAGAAGAUCAAAUACUGAUUGAUGAUAUCCAACAACAUGGCCAUGGCAAAUGGCGUACCCUUCCCAAAAAUGCAGGGUUAAGAAGGUGUGGAAAGAGUUGCCGGCUUCGAUGGGCUAAUUACUUGAGGCCUGACAUCAAGAGGGGCAAGUUCUCAACUGAAGAAGAGGAAACUAUAAUACAAUUGCACAAUGUCUUGGGCAACAAGUGGUCUGCCAUUGCUGCUCGGUUGCCAGGAAGAACAGACAACGAGAUCAAAAACUAUUGGAACACUCACAUCAAAAAGAAACUACUGAGAAUGGGGAUCGAUCCCAUAACUCAUAUUCCAAGGCUCGAUCUCCUCGAGCUUUCCACACUUUUGAGCUCAUCUAUUUACACUUCUUACAACCUUAAUGACCCCAAAGCUUUGCUUGGAGCAGCAUCCAUGUCCGACCCCAAGCUCCUAAACUUAGCCGCCAUAGCCGUCUUGUCAUCGUCCCAAACCAAGACAGCCAGUUUUCAGUCUGCAAGUGAUCACUAUGAACCCUACCAUGGAAACUCGGUUCAGAGUCAACUCCAAGCUGGAACACUGUUUUUACGGCAAAGUUCGAACCGUUUUUCUGCAAAUUUGAGUGAUGGUUAUGAUUCGAAGGGUUUUCUGUCGACGGAAAGCUAUGGCUACCAAGAGUAUGAUCCGAACCAGACAUGUUUUACGGGAAAUAUCUCGAAUUUGAGCGCUUUUGGAUCGGUUUCAUCGGUAUCAGCGCCUUCUUCGAGCUGGACUCCAGUGAAUUUGUCAUCGGCGGCGUAUGUAAGCAAUAAUAAUGGUGGCAGUGGUGAAGGUGUUGAUGGCUAUUGUAGUAACAUGAUGUUUGAUGUUCCUAAUAGGUUAAAUGUUAAUGGAUGGAUGUAAUAUUUGAAACAUAUGUUAGGG